AUGGCAGCAAUGAAUUGGAUUUGCGAUAUUUUGACAGUAUGGUUCUGUUUGAUGUACAAAUCAUAUGGAAUGCCAGUGGUGGAUGAGCGCGAUUGGAAGGUAUUUAUACGAUCAGAUCUAGACGUUGAAGACGAUACAGUCUUUAUACAACAACAAAAGAUAAAAUCAAACGAAAAUACGAUCCAAAGUCGAGGAGUGGCAGUGAAAAUAAAUCCAAGAUGGCCUGCUGGUGUCAUACCUUAUUAUAUCGAGCCAAAUUUUUCUGAUGCUCACACGCAUUUGAUUGAAGAAGCAAUGAAACAAAUCGAAGAAAGUACGAAAGUAGAUGAUAAAUCGUGCAUUCAAUUUAAACGUCAGUCACAAUACAAACUCCCUUAUGUUCAUAUAAUAAAUGGAGCCGAAUGUUCAUCAACCAUUGGACAGGGAUGGGGAUAUAAGAGAAUAAUGCUGGAACAUUCGUCGACGCGUAGUUGUAUGAAUAUUGGAAUUAUUUUACAUGAAUUACUUCACACGUUAGGAUUUGGUCAUGAACAGUUGAGGCCUGAUCGCGAUUCAUAUCUUCAAAUUCAAUGGGAAAAUAUCCAAGAAGAUAAAUUCGAUAAAUUCAAGCGAUAUGAAGCACAUCAAGCUUACGAUCUUGACACACCAUAUGACUACGGAUCAGUUAUGCAUUAUCCACUUGACGCGUACAGCAAAAACGGAUCUUUAACAAUGGUUCCAACAAAAAAUAUCAGUGUCAUCGUUGGUGAACCAUUCAAUUUAACUUCUAUAGAUAUUCUUGAAAUCCAACGGUAUUAUCAAUGCGUUCCUUUCGGAUCAACAACUACAACAACUCCGAAAUCUUGUGCAAUCACAUGCUCAGCGCCUUGCUUUUUCGUUUUCACUCUAGCCCUAUCAAUCUUAAAGAUGCAAUUGUGA